AUGGCAAAAGACAGAGUAGAAAAGAAGGAAAAGAAGGAGAAGCGUAAGAGUGUCGAUGCAAGCGGUGUCAAGAAAGAGAAGAAGAGUCGCAAGAGCGACGUGACCGCCGUGCUCAACGAGAUCGAGGAUGCCGCCCCUGGUGCCGUCGCUGUCGAUGCCGACGGUGAUGUUAUUGUCGAUGCCGAUGUUGUCGCCGAGUCUGCCGCCAUCCCCAUUGGCGCUCUGGUUCCCUUCGCCAACCCUCUGUGCGACGAGAAGGCCACCAAGAAGGUCCUGAAGACUGUCAAGAAGGCCGCAAAGCAAAAGUGCCUCAAGCGUGGUGUCAAGGAAGUCGUCAAGGCCGUCCGCAAGACCACACCCGCCGACCCUGCCACAGCCCAAGUCGCCGCCCCUGCCAUUGUCGUCCUCGCCGCCGACAUCAGCCCCAUGGACGUCAUCAGCCACAUCCCCGUCCUCUGCGAGGACCACAACAUCCCUUACGUCUUCUUGCCGUCGCGCGCCGAGCUCGGUGCCGCUGGCAGCACCAAGCGCCCCACUUCCGUCGUCAUGGUCACUCCUACCGCCGGCAAGAAGGGCGAGGAGAAGGAUGACGAGUGGGAUGAGGCCUACAAGGAGCUCAACAAGUUGGUCGUCAAGCAGGGUCAGCACGUCAAGGUCUAG